AUGUCAAGUGGGACCUCGUUCACGUCGAGCCAAGGGACCCGGAGCUCCAGGUCCGCCGAGGAUUGCCCGGACCUCCGGGCCCAGAUGGAGAAGAGGAGGAAGAGGAGGAAAGAGUCCAACCGGGAGUCGGCACGCCGAUCUAGGGUGCGCAAGCAACAACACCUCGACGACCUCUCCUUGCAGGUGGAUCAGCUCAAGAACCAGAGCCAACAAAUGAACAUGGUGCUGGGCAUGACCACCCAAAACCUUGUGGCGCUGCAAGCACAGAACUCGGUGAUGCAGACACAGAAGAUGGAGCUGGAGAGCAGGCUGUGCGCCCUGGGCGAGAUCAUCUGCUGCAUGAACUCUAUCACUAGCACAGCGAACCCCGUCGCCGCCAUGGGCGCCACAACAAGCAGUGCCUAUGACAUUUUUGGCGCCGGCAGCACAUGGAGCCAGCCCAUAGACUUGUACCAGUGCUUCUAA